AAACACAAUACGCUUGUGUCCAAGCUCGCUCGUGAUCAGUCUGACUCUUUCACGCUUCAAGGAAAUAAUUCCCCUUCUGCUUUCUUCCGUACUGUUUUCAUAUACCGCUCCCCUAACCCACUUAGUGACGAAACGGCCUCACCUAGUACCAUAGACCCGUCUUGACUAGAAUAACCCAAUUUGAAUGUUUACGAUUGAUCCGUAUAGAAUUAAAUCCUAUUUUUUUCAACUAUUGAAAACAUUCGGAAAAUGAGCGAGGAAGACGAUCGGACACUGUGGUGUGGCAACUUAUCCGACAAAGCCAACGAAGAGCUGUUGUACGAAUUGUUUCUUCAGGCUGGUCCAAUCGAAAUGGUCAAGAUUCCCCGUGAUAACGACAAGAGACCCAGGUCCUAUGCGUUUAUAACUUAUGCUCACGCAGCGUCCGUGGAGUAUGCGAUUGAUAUUUUUGAGGGCACGAAAUUGUUCCAGCGGCCGCUUACACUGCAUAAGAAAAGUAAAAACAAUUCGAAUUCCUCCGCGUCGCCGAAAGGGAAUUUCAACAACAACAAUCAGCAGCAAAAUCGUGGCCAGCAGCGGCACUCCAACGAUAAAGGACAAUUCAACAUCAGUCCGAACAUGAUGAAUCAAAUGAUGACGAAUGUUAAAGAAAUGGUUGAUCAGUUUAACCGGCAAGCGCAUUCCGGCUCGGGACCAAUGCAGCAAAAUCCCCUGCUAGCCAACAAAUCCUUUCGUAAUGAUAGGCAACAUCAUCAGCAGAAUCCGUACUCGAGGGGGGAGCGAGAAGACAAUGAUCAAGCGUUCUCCAGAAACAGGAACUCCCGGGAAUGGGGCCCAAAUGGUCGCAAUAGAGGAUCAGGUGGAGGCGGCAAUCAGAGAAGAAGCGAUUAUCGCGGCAGGAGGUCAUUCGAAAAUCAUUGAACGGAAAUUGUAUUUCAAACGUUGUGUAAAUCGAAGAAUGUACAAGACACUCGCCAUUUUUGAUAGUUUCUUUUUUCAUGAAUGGUACCACUCUAUAUUUUAAUGAACUGAGAGCAAGAUUUUUAGUGUGAUUUGAAUAUAUGCGCGAAAACAUUUAUGGUGAAUACAAAAACAUGUAAUGGUAACCACCCAUAGCUUUCACGUGUUCAAACCGUUAUUUGCAUAUCUGAUUGCGCUGUGUUGUCUCCGUCGCACAGCGGCAUGAUAAAAUACUCCACGAAUAUGUUGGAAUCAUCGGAAUUCUCUAUCAUUACCUGCAAUCCCAGCAGUCCGUCCUUGUUGGUGCGAAGAGCUAUUUUCGAGGCAUAGGUAAGCGUUUUCAUGAUCAACUUGAAAUGAGCAAACGCAUAUCGGUUACUCGUUUUAGUUGUGCUAUGAAAUGAUAUUAGCAUAUCGCUGCUGCUUGUAAUUUCGAUAUUUGACUCGGAAUGAAGCUCGCCAUACGUUGAAAUUUGAAUGUGUGGAUCGUCUGGUGAUAGCAGUAUUUCAAUUUCCUCACAAUUUCUAUCCACCUCGCUGAGGAGAGCAAAAAGUUCCGGACCUUUGACGCUGACUUUGGUACAUAUUUGUUCAUCCUCCAAAUCGAAUUCCAUUAUGUCCUGUGGUUCCAUUGUCUUUACCGAGCAUUCCGUUAUUAAAUUUUCUUGCCCGUGCUGCUCUAGAAUGGCCAUCAGCGGAGCCCCUUCUCCUUUAUGCAGCAUCUUCAAAGUAGAGUCAUAAUCGCCUCCAAUAAACAUACUCAAACAAUCGGUGAACACCUUCAAAUUCAAUCCGAGUGAUGUGGAUGGUUCGUCCUCUUCGGUGUCACCGUUGGCGCCCAGCUUGCGCUUAGAUUGUGCUAUUUUAUAUUCCGAGAAGCAGCCUUUCGUGAUAUAGGCGGUAGCUUGGAUGCUUUUCGCAUCCUCGACAAUAAUUUUAACGCCAUCAGUGGUCAAUUGAACUGUUGCAUACUAAUCAAAAGAAACUAGACAGUUAUUUAUAAUAGCAAAAUUCCAAAGUAGAUAUACUCACAUCGACAAAACUGAUAGCUUUCGCGACAUUGUAGAACAUGGUAAAGUUGUUGAGAAUGGCGGAAAAUUUGAUUUGUGAGAACUGUGAUUGGGUCAACAUUUUGCGAUUAAGGACGACACCCUUAUCGUACAACGUUUUGGUGUUCAGCAUUUAAGGGGAAAGCACGCGAGGUUGAUUCGAUGUUCCUUGUACCGGGUGGCUGAUAGUUUUCAUACGCUCCUUAAUCAAUUCGGACUUCAGUUUGAAAAAAUAUUUAUCUUCCAGUACCUCCUCAGCUACCUUGCCGAGCAGUUUAGCUAAGCUUGUUGCUAGAAUAUGUUUACAAGUUGGCUGAUGGCGCUGCUGUAGUACCCAAUAGCGGAAGGACUCGCAGGUGCAGAAAUUUAUAGCUGGAAAAACUUUGUAUGUGACUGCUACUUUUGAUCCUGGAAUUUCGUACAAUCGUCCGAUUCCGUUUGGGGUGCGAUAUAGUUUUAUGGGAGUUUUUCCAUGCACCAAAGUGAGUGCCCGUUCAAGCAAUGCCUGUCCAAACAGUGAUUCCAGUUCGAGCAAAUGAUCCUUGGAAACUAGGAAAGAGAAAGAACAAAAUUUGGGGUUACGAAAAUGUCAACGCUUGUCCACGGUGAGGGGGAAGGGAUUUUGAGGAUGUCCACGUGGACACGUUAAGUAUCUCCUGUUUUGUAUUUACACGAUUUUUUGAACUUCACGCCCGCUCUGAGUACUCAGUAUUUAUCAAUAAAAAGACUGAACUGCCUGAGAGUGCUGCUCGGUCAAACAUCCAUAUUUUUUCAUACGACUGAACCUCUUUCCUGAAAUGGAUAUUCUGAAGGUAAAGCACAUGAACUAGGAUCCAUCAAUUUAUUCCAAUCGGUAAUAGAGGGCCAUUAAAUCCGUCAGGAUAGAGACACCCAAUAACAAAAAGAAUAUUGAUUUUUUUGUAGUAUUAAAAGGCACGACUUAAGUGCGAGUUGAAUUCAGCUUUUGCUCUUGAUGACAAAACUGUUUGGUUUUUUUUUUCGAGAACUCUCAAGGAUUUCUGGACAUUGAAACGAACAACAAAUUCUUCCAUGAGUGUACGGGCCGGAUCUCUGGAGAUCUAUUUCUUGCGAAAAUGUUGUUCUUCAUUGAUGUCUGGUAAUUUUUGUAAUACGCUUCUUUUGAGUUGUCUGGAAAGUUAAUGCUGCUACUGCUGAUUAAUUAAAAGAAAAGAUUAAUCCUUGAUGUACAUGAAUUAGUAGAUUCGCUGCAGAUGUCGAAAAUCACCGUUCAUGAGAAACGAAACAUCACGAAAAACGCUACAAUGCAUGGACUACAUAUUAACCCAUAUUACGGAGCCCGAUCGAAUUUGACAUAUUGGAAUCCGAACGAAAUAAACUUUUGCAUUCUGCGUUUUAAUGUUGCAAUAUUUGCACAAUCCUAUAGGAUUUGACUCGAUCAGAUUAAGGGGGAUAGAGACAAGAAUUUCGGACGUUUCACGAUUGACGUACACGAUUCCAGCUGUUGUGGUUAUCUGAAACAAACAAUACGAACAGAUUCUGAAUCAGUAAAGAUACCACUAUCGCAUGCACCUCGGACAAGUCAAAAACGAAUUUUUGCCAAAAUGGCUGUUUAAAACAUUUUUUUUUUAAAACAAAACAAACAAGUUAUGAAAUUAUGAUUUUUAUAAGUUCAUGCGAUAGAGAGAUGCAUACAGAUUGUUUUUAUAUAAACAUAGAUCGGAUAAGUAGAACUUGAGAUAUCGUGUAAGCCAGUUUGAAAAAAAACAUGUUUCGAGAAAAACGCGUUUGAGCUUAAUUGUUGUGGCCGUACAUUUAGAUAAGAUAAGAUAUCGCAUCACUAAAAUGGCUAUAACUUGUUAAAUGAUGAGAUUUUCGAAAAGUCUCUUCUAUAAUAUAUUCUUAAAUGUCUGAAUUAGAGAAAUAUGAAGAAAAAAAAAUUAUUUUUUUUCAAUUUAUAGACUAGAAUAACCUCUUAAAGAACGCAACAUUGUGCUAAUUUCAAAUCCGGAAUAAGGGAUUAUUUUUUCCGAAAAACACUUGAAGGGACUUAUCUCAAUCGGCGAUUCGUUUCAUAAACGCGACGAAAAUACAUACAGGUAAACUUCGAUAUAACGUACAUUUCACUUUCAAAAUUGUGCGUUGUAUCGAAUUGUACGUUAUAUCGAAGCAUAAUAAAGUACUCACAAACGUAGUCUAUAAUACAUUAUUGUGUUGCUGUUUAAGUAAUGUUAAUGAAUAACUUCAAUCAGAAGACGAAGCCAGCCUUUCUCAUGAUAUUUCCCUUCGUACUGUUGAAUAAAGCCUGAUUCAUUUAGAAUCCGGAAUCACAAAACCAGCUGUAUUUCGGAAUUGAUUGAAGGCACAAAACUUGUUUUAGCAUCACAAUACGGAUAAUUCAUUGUUCUAUCAGAAAAAAAGCAUUGAAAAAAAAUUUCCUUCACACUUUGGAAAUGUGUACGUUAUAUCGAGGUAAAAUGUACGUUAUAUCGAGUGACGUUAUAUCGAGUGACGUUAUAUCGAGGGUACGUUAUAACGAGGGUACGUUAUAUCGAAGUUUCCCUGUAUUUGUAGCGAAUUGUAAAGGGCAAAUCAUUCACAAGAAUGUUGAGUUAAAACAAAUCUUAGCAAAUGGAUAGAACCCCGAAGCAGGUUUUGGCUUGAAGAAAAUUAUGGCAGGGUCUGGUAGGACUGGAAGAAAAUCUGUAUCAUGAGCUUUUACCAAGCAACUAGUUUCGAUGAAUUUCAACAAGUACUGCCAGCAGCUGAACCUAUUGAAAUCAACGACCCAGAACGCUUCUGGGGCACUUUUAAAACUCCACCCGUCUUACUCACCAGAUAUUGUAUCUUCAGAUUAUUAACUGUUAAGAUUCUUGUAAGAACUUCAACUUACUGCAUAGCAUAAGUUCUCAUAAGAUGGAAUUCUCAAGUUGCAUGAAGGAUGCUGAAAUAUUAAGGAAAAAACGGUGCAUCUAUGAUCGAAAAGAUGUAUGUCUACAAAAAUAUGCUUUUGUUUUUUUCUUUAGAAUCGGCACGAAUUUUUCAGGACAAUAUUUAGAAUGAUUUAACAAUUAAGGCUUGUAGGUCAACGGAAUCAUCGAUUACGAUGAUACUGCAGAUGUUUUGUUUUUACUAGGUUCAUUAUAGCCAUCAGGCACUAACGAACCUGUAAAAGCGAAAGUCAUUGAUGUUUAGACGAGAAAAUUCUGUUUUCAAACAAAGUGCUUGAUUUCAUUGUCUGUUUUUUUUUUUGAAAACUCAAACAGCCAGCCAGCUUCAAUAAAAACAUUUGAGAAUAAGUUCACAAUCGAUAUCUUAAAAUGGAUAAGGAGAUAACGUAAAUGGAAUUCGGGAAAAAUUUAAAAAAUUGAAGAUUUCAAGACAAAUCGUUACCAUUGGUAAGGUUUUAAUUUUUAUUAAUAAAAAUACGGAACAGAAAAUAUAAACAAACUUGAAAUGAAAUUUAAGCAAAAAAAAAAUAGAAUUUCUUAAAAACGGGAGCUCUCUCUCUCUCUCUCUCUCUCUCUCAGGGUACAUCUAGUAUUCAGUAAAUAUUUCACGCCACUAGCAUUUAUUUACACAUUUAUAUAUUGUUUAUUAUUCCAGGACAUGAAAAAAAAAAUUACUCGCGUUCGUGUCUCAGACCAAAAGUGUUGCAAAUGUGCCCUACUUACCAACACAUGCGAUACGCUAACCGAUGACGAACGAGGAAUGACGAAGCUAGAGAGAAUCGCAAAGUCGUAGUGUUGAUGUUUUCUGAGAAAUGAACGAAUUAUUCAUUUCUCGCUUAACUUUUGAAAAAGGUCCAAUGUUACAAAAGUGAACAAAUCGAGUUAAUGGAUGCACGCUCUUAGUUUUCAA